AUGACCGAUAUCCUUAACAUCAGAGGCGAGCCGGUCUUUGACGAUCAUAUUGUCAAGAUCGAGACUCACACGUACAACCAGUACGCCAACACGACAGAUCUUUAUGCGCUAUCGUAUGAGAGUUUUCUAUACAUCGUGGGAAAAUUAACAAUAAACAAACCAGCCGAAGGGUAUGAUGUGGCACUAGGAAAUAAUUGUAUCGCGUUCGAUAAGAUUCGAUACGAACACGAUGGUAUGGAAAUUGAUCAUAAUAGAAAUGUGGGAAUAACAAGCACACUCAAGAACUAUCUAACGAUACCAUCCGAUAGAAUCGUAAUUAUGAAAAACGUCGGCUGGGAUGCGCACACUAAUGCGAAUGGAUAUUUCAAUUUUUGCGUACCAUUCUACAUGUUAUUUGGAUUUUGCGAGGAUUAUAGAUGCGCGGUGAUUAAUGCUUUUCACGAAUUGAUUUUAAUACGAUCGCGCAACGACAAUUGUCUGAUUGGAAAUUUGGCACUGGAGCCUGUGAUCGACAUAUUCAAGAUACAAUGGCGAAUGCCACACGUGAUAUUAAACGAUAUCAACAAGCUGUCGAUGUUGCGCGCCUUGGAAAGCGGUCGAUACCUCAGCAUGGGUUUUCGUGGGAUCUGUACGAGUUUCCGCUAUUGCAGCGUACAACCAAAUAUUCGUAGGCCAUUAAGACCGCGACUCAAUUGGAGAAGCCGCGAUACGUUGUCUUCGCUCUACAGACAAGUCGAAAGAAUAUCAUGUCCGAGGAUAUGA